AUGAGCUCAAAGGAUAACUUGGCCCUGGAUCUGGAGCACGGCGUGCGACGCUGGGAUCGCGCUCGCUGGAUAUCCGUCUUCAGCUCGCAUAACCCGACUAUACGCGAGGUGACGGAAUGCUUGGGCCUGGGCUUAUCGGCGUCUUCGUCCACGACCAACCGCGGCAUUCCGAAAUUCGACAACCCAGACUACCGCAAGCUCUCGAGUGAGGUGACGAAGCUGUCCAAGGAAUUGCCAAAAGAAAGAGAUUUGUUGCUGGAUUUCGCGGCGGAUCCGAGUUCCCUGAACCAGGAGCUCGAGGACCUGCUAGCGAGUUACGGACCCGCUAUUUGGGGCAGGGAUGCGGAUCGCAGCUGUUUACUCACGCCGGAUGCGACCAAGAAGACGUAUAACAAAGAUCUGUUUUACGAGGAGCCGGAGCAUAAGGAUAUUCUCAAGAUUCAUCUGCAUCGGUGGAUCAUCAUCAAAGCUUGCUACUACAUUCGCAACAUGAAGUUGAAGAGGCCAUCGGGUGCGAAUGAGUAUGAUCAGCUUGCCGAUAUCGAUGCCGAAGGCCUUAAGCGCAAGAGCAAUGCUCACCUCACCAUGUCCGACGAUGAAGAUCCUGAGGCUUCGCCAAUCAAAAGGCCGUACAGCACUAUGCCUGUGAGCCGGAAGGGCAGCCCAAGGAAGUCACUCAAGUCACUGUAUCCUGCAGGCCCGGGCAGCAUGGAGAACAUACCUCCUAUGCCGACGCACAUGCAUCGUUUCUCGCCAGCACCAGGAACCGCAUCUGAACCCUCGCGGAUACAGCUCAGUCCUCUAUCAAACAACGACUUGAACGGCGUGUCAAGGCCUCCUGCUAUCACCCAAAGCUCCGCACCUGCAGGCUUCACGGCUGUCAACAACGGAGGUUUCACUGCUGUUAACAACACGCCUCCACCUAGCGAGCCGCCUCGAGAGCCAACACGGGAAGCAUCCAGAGAACCGUCGAGAGAAGUGCACCGACCCCCUCCUGGUAUUGGACAUCGUCACAGCAACAGUUACACGAGCCCAUAUGAGCCGUCUUCACGCAGUGCUGCCAUGGCUCGAUCUGCUACGGAAACUCCUCGAUCUGCACCGCCUGCCACUCCUACACCAGCUUCGAAUCAAGGGUUUCAAGCAGUGAACGCAUCUUCAGCAGCUAAUGGAGCAGGUGGAUAUAUGAAGAGGGAGUCUCCUGCCGUUCAGCCUCCUCAGCACACAAAUAUCGCUCCGCAGCCACAGCAGUCGCAACCGCAGCCACAGCAGUCGCAACCGCAACCUCAAGCACAACUGCAGCAGCAACAGACACCUACACCACAUGCGCAGGCCGCACCUAAUCAGCCUAUCAUGGCACCUAAUAAGCAGGUUACCUCUGCACCCGCGAUACAAAGCGCCCCCGCAUACGGCAUACAACUCGUUCCUACUACACAAGACGCACCGCCCGCGCCCUCGAGCAAACCCCGAGCGCCCUCAAACCACAGCCAGCCCGCCGCCGCACCCCAACACACCUCACCGCACCAACCCGUGUUGAAAAGCCACCAACAACCGCCCCAACCCCCCGAAACCGCACACGUCGUCCAGCCCCCACAACCCCAAACCUUCCCCCGCGGCUCCGUCUCGACAGCCGACCUCCGCCUCCUCCAAUGCGAAGUCACCGCCGGCCUCUUCACCUUCUUCUACCCUCGCUCCACAAUGCCGCCCGACGAAGCCAGCCUCCUCGUCCGCAUGCACACACUCUGGUACCACGGCGAACCCCUCUUCCGCACCGAACUAUCCACACACUACGAUCUCGUGUCCAAGAUCCUCACCGCAUGGCUACACGAGCGUCAAGCUAUUGCUUCACUACGGCACAGCAUGGCCGCCAACCCCGGCGUGUCUCACAUUGGCCUGGUAGACCGGUUGCUGGCUAUGAACGAUCUUAGGGCUAUGCGGUUGAAGUGGAAGAAUAUGAGUAGUAUUGAUGGACUGAGUCCUGAGGAUCUGCUUUGCAUGGCUUUUAGGGUUAUGACGAAUACGGAGGGGAGCGAAUAUAUGUUUAAAGAUGGGUUGGCGAGGCUGGAGCUCGGUGUGUUUGAGUUUUUGAGGAGCGAGGAUGCGAAGAUUGUUAUGCAGCGGAGGGAUACGAGGGCGGGGUGA